AUGAGCUUCCAAGAAACGAAGCGUUUCCUAGUUAAAACGACAACUGGCCUGACGCCUUUGAUGCUUGUAGCCAAGGAAAGUGACCUGAAGCACUGCCUUGAAUUGGUUGAAAAAUCAGGCGAAAGGGCUGAUUCAACAACAGAAUUCGGAGUAACCCUGCUUCACAUUGCUGCAAUGAACAAAUCUGAUGGAAUGGAUAUAAUCCGUUAUUUCACGCUUGAAGCAGGGCUCGAUUUGGAGAAAAAAGAUGCUGAUGGCGAAGAACCAAUCCACUAUGCGGUUCGGCUGGCUAACUUUGAGCGAGCAAAGGAACUGCUGAUUCUCAGAAACAACUUAUCGAAUAUACUCCACUACUUCGUCACAGAAAAUAACUUGAAGUUCAGCAAGAUUGUCCAUCAACACGACGGCGAGCUGGUUAAGGAAUUCGACUCCAAGGGUAGAUUGGCCCUCCACAUCGCAGCCGAAUUUGCUGAUCCGGAAAUGGUCAAGUGGCUUGUUCGCGAGGCUGGAGUCGACGUCGAGGCCCUGAGCAAAGACAAGUCGACAGCUUUGCACUUCACGGCGCGAAACAGCCAAAUCCGAUACGCAAGAGAAAUGAUGGUGUUUUUCUUGAGUAAAAAGUUGAAUAAGUACGCCAAAAAUGAGUCUGGAGAAACGCCAAUGCACGCAGCACUUUCCGUGGAAAAUGUCAAUGUCGCCGGUGAGUUGUUGAAGGCAGGCGUGAGAUUUGAGAUGUGUGAUGAGAAUAUUUUAAUAUACUGCGUGAAGAACAACAAAAUCGAAAGUGCCAAAUUUAUUUUCGACAAGAAUUCGCAUCUUUUGAAAGUUGAUUCAGCAGGUUGCAAUUUACUCCACAUUGCAGCAGAGUUUUCGAACAAGGAAAUGUGCGAGUGGAUCGUCAGCAAAAAUGUAAUCAACCCUAAGGAUUUGUGCGCCUCAGAAUUGAAAUUCACCGUCUUCCACCACGUGGCAAAAAACAAGGCGCACGGGGUGGAACUCAUCAGUUACUUCGUCGGCUUGAAAGUUGAUCUCAACGACAUUAAUGGUCAAAACAAGAAUAUGGAGACGCCCCUGCACGCUGCUCUGUGCAAAGAGAACAUCAAAGUCGCCGAGGAGCUGCUUAAAUUCGGCGCUGAUAUAAAUGUCAAAAUUGACAAUGACAACCUUCUGCACUUUUGUAUCCGCAAAAAUAAACUCACCAGCGCCAAAUUCGUGGCAGGAGUCAAGCCAGAACUUGUGAAGGAAAAAUGCUCUGGAGGAGAAACCGCGCUCCAACUGGCCUUGGAACACGCCGAUCUCGAGUUUUGCACGUUUCUCACUGGAAUAUAUAGGCUCCGUCACCUGCAUCGUUGA